UCAUUUCAUCUAUGGUUCACCCGCUGACCCGGAAGAGACUGUGUAGCGAAUGAGCGUCCGGUUUUCAUUCAAAGACUGAGAUGCGGUGGUUCUAAGUUUUCAAAACAACAAUACUAACCAAGGUCUAGUUGGACAUCAUACCCGAGAUGUUUUACCAUAUUUCGUUGGAGCAUGAAAUCUUGCUACACCCGAGGUACUUUGGUCCGAACCUCCUCAACACCGUGAAGCAGAAGCUUUUUACAGAGGUGGAGGGAACCUGUACUGGCAAGUAUGGCUUUGUGAUUGCAGUCACCACCAUUGACAACAUUGGGGCAGGUGUAAUCCAGCCAGGCAGAGGGUUUGUCCUGUACCCAGUCAAGUACAAGGCCAUUGUGUUCCGCCCAUUUAAGGGGGAAGUGGUGGACGCUGUGGUCACUCAAGUCAACAAGGUUGGAUUGUUCACAGAAAUCGGUCCCAUGUCUUGCUUCAUCUCUCGCCAUUCCAUCCCUUCAGAAAUGGAGUUUGACCCCAAUUCCAACCCUCCUUGUUAUAAAACAGUUGAUGAGGACAUUGUUAUCCAGCAAGACGAUGAGAUCCGGCUCAAGAUUGUUGGAACAAGAGUGGAUAAGAAUGACAUUUUUGCUAUUGGAUCCCUCAUGGAUGACUAUCUGGGUCUUGUGAGCUGAUUCACACCAGAGGAUGCACGGGGAACAUCUUAUGUAGUAGUGUCUUUCAUUGUAAUAAUGGAUAUUUUUCUACAGUGUUGAUAUGGUUUGGUGACAGGCAGUGAAGCCCACAGCUACUUUUGUUUUAUUAUCACACUGCACAGACCGUAUUUUAAUUUUUUUUAUUGGAAGUGAUGCAUUCUGUUUUUCUUUCAUAUUGAAUUCCUAAUUUCCAUCUCAACUGUAUGUUUGUUUUUCUGUAUGCGGGCAGUAAUAAAGUAUUGUAUUGGUUCUUA